AUGGCUGAGUCGCUGCUUCUCCCGGUGGUGCGUGUCGCCGCCGGCAAGGCCGGCGACGUGCUCGUCACAACCAUGACCCGCAUGUACGGCAUCGACGGCAACCGCCGCAAGCUGGAGCGCCAGCUGGUGUCCAUCCAGUGCAAGCUUGUCGACGCCGAGGCAAAGAGCGAGACCGAUGGGUACGUCAAGCUGUCGAUGAAGGCCCUCAGGAGCGUCGCCUACGAAGCCGACGGCGUCCUCGAUGACUUUCGUUACAAGGCGCUGCGUCGCGAUCUCCAAAUCGGCAGCUCCAAGACUCGCAAGGUACUCAGCCAUUUCACCAGCCACAGCCCGCUACUCUUCCGCCUCACCAUGAGCAGGAAGCUGAGCAACGUCCUCGAAAAGAUCAACAACCUUGUUGAAGAGGCCAACAAGUUUGGCCUGGUGGAAAACCCUGCGGAGGCGCCGCGGGUUUCUUAUCAGGAUACACACGCUGCACUCGAUAGAUCUGCUGAGAUCUUCGGCAGGGAUGAAGACAAGCAAGUGGUGGUGGAUCUGUUGCUCGCCCAGCAAGAUCAGGAGAAUGUGCAGGUGCUGCCUAUCUUUGGGAUGGGAGGCCUGGGCAAGACAACUCUUGCCAAGAUGGUGUACAACGACCCUAGAGUCCAGCAACAUUUCCAGUUGAACAUGUGGCACUGUGUGUCAGAAAACUUUGAAGCCGCUGCUGCUGUUAAGUUUGUCAUUGAAUUGGCUACUGAAACAAGAUGCAACCUGCCCGACACCAUCGAGCUGCUGCGAUUGGAACUUCAAAAAGUCAUUGGGCAGAAAAGAUAUCUGCUUGUUCUUGAUGAUUUGUGGAAUGAAGAUGAGAGCAAGUGGGAGGAUUUGCUGAAGCCACUCUUGUGUUCAGUUGGUGGACCGGGAAGUGUUAUACUUGUCACGUGUCGAAGCAAGCAAGUGGCCUCUUUAAUGGGCACGCUAGGACCCCAUGAGCUAGCAUGUCUGAGUGAAGAUGAUUCGUGGAAGCUUUUCUCAAAGAAAGCAUUUGGUAAUGGUGUAGAGGAGCAAGCAGAGUUGGUCACCAUUGGCUGA